GUAGCUAUAGGUUCUUGCGUUAAUUGGACUCCUCUUCCACACUCAUACACGAUAGCAAGUGACAUGCGAAUGCUUGAAAAAAGAGGCGCUUCAUAUUCCAGUGAUCUUUAUAAAUUAGGCUCCAUCCUCCAAGGAUCUCAACUCUCGCUCGCACGUUCUUCACUUGCUCUGCCUCAUCCAUCUGCAUGGCUUCUCUCUCUUGCUCCGUCGCGGACCUUGCCCCACUCCUCUUCGCUGCCUCCAACGCAACCGGUGCUGCCACCUACCUCUGUACCCAGCUCGAAGCCAUAUCCGCAAAGCUGAGUGAAACCACCUACGCCGUCAACAACACCUACCUUCUCUUCUCAGCGUAUCUGGUGUUCGCCAUGCAACUUGGUUUCGCCAUGCUGUGCGCCGGUUCCGUGCGAGCCAAGAACACCAUGAACAUCAUGCUCACCAACGUGCUCGAUGCAGCCGCCGGCGGCCUCUCUUACUAUCUCUUCGGUUUUGCCUUUGCCUUCGGGUCCCCCUCCAACGGCUUCAUCGGUCGCCACUUCUUUGGCCUCCGACACUUCCCUUCUCCAUCCGGAGACUACAGCUUCUUCCUCUAUCAAUGGGCUUUCGCCAUAGCAGCCGCUGGAAUCACCAGCGGCUCCAUCGCUGAGAGAACCCGCUUCUACUCCUCUUUUCUCACAGGUUUCGUUUACCCCAUCGUUUCCCAUUGGUUCUGGUCCACUGACGGGUGGGCCAGCCCCACUCUGGCCGAUAGCCUUUUAUUUGGAUCCGGUGCCAUUGACUUCGCAGGUUCGGGGGUGGUUCACAUGGUGGGCGGCAUAGCAGGGCUGUGGGGUGCCUAUCUGGAAGGGCCAAGAAUUGGGCGGUUCGACCGGACAGGCCGGUCAGUGGCCUUGAGAGGGCACAGCGCAUCUCUAGUCGUGCUGGGCUCCUUCUUGUUAUGGUUCGGGUGGUACGGGUUUAACCCGGGCUCAUUCCUGACGAUCCUGAAGGGAUACAGAGGGGGCGGGAAUUAUUAUGGUCAAUGGAGUGCGAUAGGCAGGACAGCCGUGACGACGACACUGGCAGGGUGCACGGCGGCGCUGACCACUUUGUUUGGAAAACGGUUAGUAGCGGGACACUGGAACGUGAUAGACGUGUGCAACGGACUACUCGGGGGAUUUGCAGCAAUAACGUCCGGGUGCUCCGUGGUAGAGCCAUGGGCGGCGAUCAUAUGCGGCUUCGUGGCGGCAUGGGUGCUGAUAGGGCUGAACAAGCUGGCGGAGAGGGUGGAGUAUGACGACCCCCUGGAGGCGGCGCAGCUGCACGGAGGGUGCGGGGCGUGGGGAUUGCUGUUCACGGGACUGCUGGCGAAGAAAGAAUACGUGGAGGAGGUGUACGGAGGAGGGAGAAAGCACGGGCUGUUGAUGGGAGGGGGAGGGAGGCUGCUGGCGGCACAGGUGGUGGGGAUGGCGGCGGUGUGGGGGUGGGUGACGGCGACAAUGGGGCCGCUCUUCUACAUGCUGAAGAAGAUGAAGCUGUUGAGGAUAUCAAGGGAGGAUGAGAUGGCAGGAAUGGACCUGACGAGGCAUGGCGGCUUCGCCUAUGCUUACGACGACCCAGACGAGAGCGUGAGGCCCGCUGGGUUCAUGAUGGCCAAGAUCGAGCCGGCCCAUUCCCUCGCCACCGCUCCCACUCCAUAGCCCGCUGUAAAUCCAACGAUAAUAACGUCAUGCAAUUUGAGAAACUCCUGCCCCCUUUCGACUUCUGUUAAUAUUACUCAAUUUAGCCGAUACUGUGCUGUUUACGGGUCAGGAAUCGAAGAUGGCAAAGGCAAACAAAAGCGUAGUAUAAUAAAAUAACAACUCAUUAUAGUCCA